GCCCUCCGUGAGGCGGCCCGCCGGAGCGCCGCGCGGGGCGGGGGUCGGCGCCGGGGGUUGCCGCGGCGGACGGCGCCCGGGGGCGCUGGAGCGCGAGUGGCGGCGGUGGAGCGGCCAUGAAGGCGGGAGCUACUUCCAUGUGGGCUUCCUGCUGUGGAUUGCUGAAUGAAGUGAUGGGUACUGGAGCGGUCCGUGGCCAGCAGGCUGGCUUUGGGGGAGGCGCUGGCCCGUUCCGAUUCGCACCAAACACGGACUUCUCGGCAUACCCAUCUCCAGCUGCUGCAGGCACUAACAUAGUUUGCAAAGCCUGUGGACUUUCCUUUUCGGUUUUCAGGAAAAAACAUGUGUGUUGUGACUGCAAGAAGGAUUUUUGCUCCGUGUGCUCCGUUUCACAAGAGAAUCUCAGGAGAUGUUCCACUUGCCACUUGCUGCAAGAAACAGCUUUUCAGCGCCCUCAGUUAAUGAGGUUGAAAGUGAAGGAUCUGCGUCAGUACCUGAUUCUCAGAAACAUACCAACAGAUACCUGCAGAGAGAAGGAAGACUUGGUGGAUCUGGUGCUGUGCCACCACGGGUUGGGUUUGGAGGAGAUGGACAGCAGCAGCUUGCACUCGUCACGGUCACAGACUUCAGGGUUUUUUACUCAUCCAUUUUCUAUGUCUGUAUCAGUGUCAUCUCAAGGAGAGCUUGCAAACAGAAGUGGAAGCACAGGAAAUGGAACACCUUUACAGGGACAAACGGAAACAUCUUCUGUCAAUAAUGAAGAAGACGAAAGUCCAGAAGAGCAGACCCCUGGACUGUCCAGAAAGCGAGCAAGGGCAUCUCUGUCUGAUAUUUCAAGUCUGGAAGACAUUGAAGGGUUGAGCGUUCGGCAGCUGAAGGAAAUACUUGCCUGUAAUUUUGUCAACUACUCAGGAUGCUGUGAAAAAUGGGAACUCGUGGAAAAAGUGAGCAGACUAUACAGAGAGAGUGAGGAAAACCACAAAACACAGGGUGAGAAGAUGCAGCUGACGGACGACGACGACAACCUGUGUCGGAUCUGCAUGGACGCUGUCAUCGACUGUGUCCUGCUGGAAUGCGGCCACAUGGUCACUUGCACCAAGUGUGGCAAGAGGAUGAGCGAGUGCCCCAUCUGCCGCCAGUACGUUGUCCGGGCUGUGCACGUCUUCAAGUCUUAAGCGCAGACCAAAGCCCGACGGUGCAGUCACCCAGCCAGGAUUCCUGUGGGCAGGAAUGCCGAACCUUGGGGUGCGUUUCAGCUUUUCAAUAAACACCAUUUUGAAGAUUAGGAUCCUAGAAGUUUGUGAAAGAUUUUUCUACGGCGUAACCGAGUGCCGGGGUUGGGCAGGACGGUGCCCGUGUGUACGGUAACUCGCCUUACAACCCCGCACACUGUUGGAUCAAACUGUUUACAGCAGUCCUUGCUCUCUUCUGAAUAAUACCACCUCAAACGAACACGUUCAGGACUCAGCAAGCAGUCAGGAACACCACUGCUUGCCUGUGUUUGCGUGUGACCUUGUCUAGUGCAUUAGAAGCAACAAAUCUCAGUUGAAUAUUCAGCUUUUAUGUAAUUAUAGAAUGUAAGUGCUGCAACGCUGCUCCUGCAGCAGCGGUAGCAGUAAGCUGCGCCUGUAGGAAGCACUGCCAUGAAUGGUACCUGCACAGAGGCCCUUAAGCAAUGUCUUGCCGUUACACACGUGCUGUCCUGGCCAUUCCCUGGAACCGUACAAAAAACCUCCAUCACGUUGUAGGGCACAGUCAUUGUGCAGGGCCCUGCUGUGUGGUGUCCAACUACCCAUUACUAAGUGUUUUUUAGUUUAGGAAUAACCUAUUUUUUUAAAAAGGGGGUAUAUAGUAACCAUAUUACUGUGGUCCUUAAGCCACUCAUGCCUAUUGUAACUAUUACUCUUACGUGUGAUGAUUGUACUCCAUCUGUACUGUGAAUACUAAUCAGGGUCAUGAAACUUCUUGCUGCUAACACGUGGAAUGUACUCAUGGUGUUACUGACCUUAAACAGGGGGGUGUUGUUCAGGGGAAGGGAGAUGCAGUAUUUGUUUGAAACCUCACAUUCACAGGCUUUUAACCAGGGCUGUGUCACUAACAACCCCUCUUCCCCUCAGCUGCUGACUCCUGGUGUUGCUGUCAGCCCUUGGCUCUGGUCCCAGCUGGCUUUGUGCUCUACUCGGAGCAGGGUUUUAAGUGGCCUGUAGGAUACUGGGGAAACUUGCUCAUGUUUUAGGGACAAAUGCGCAGCCAGUCAUGGCCAUGGCUGCGUCCACUGCAAAAACCCAGGAGAGGCAAAGCAGGGACAUGGGUUUUCCAGGCAGUUGUUCCUUUAAGCAGGGCUGCUCAGUGCAGCUGCAGCUUCUCCUUUUGAUUUCCUGUGUGGCAGCAAAGUAACAGAGCCAGGGCCCUGUCGUACUGGAGAACUCCCAGCUCUGCCAGGCCUGCUCUCCUCUUUUAUGUGAAGUUAACGCUGGCUUGAGAAAGCAGCUCCUCCUCAGAGCAGCGCACAGCUUGCAGCCGCCGCGGGUUAUUGUUCAGAAGGGAGCAAACCUCUCACUGGCUUUAUUUUUUAGCAGUAACUUUUUAAUGGCACUGAGUGCCCGGAGCCUCUGUUCAGCAGGUUGGCCAGUGAGGAGAACCCCCUCUCUGUAAUCUCCGUGCUGAUCAUUCGCCACAAAAGCAUAAUAAAGAUUUCUGAUGGA